CUGGGAGAGCACAUGACCGACUCGCGCUCUUUCGUCACCAACGCCCAGCGUUUCAUCGGUCGGUAGUUCGUUCGUUCCUUGCCGAUCUUCGUUCACUUGCAGUUUUGUGCGCGGUCCGUUCACACCUUUAAGUCAAGUACUCUACAUACCCUACACAAAAAUGUCUCUGGCCGAUCCCGUUGCUUUUAUGAAAGAUUUCCUCGCCGGAGGAGUCUCUGCAGCCAUCUCGAAAACAUGCGUGGCCCCAAUCGAACGUGUGAAACUGCUUCUGCAGGUCCAACACAUCUCCAAGCAAAUCGCAGAAGACAAGCGGUAUAAGGGUAUGGUAGAUUGUUUCGUCCGUAUCCCCAAAGAACAAGGAGUACUAGCUUACUGGCGUGGUAACACCGCUAACGUCAUCCGUUACUUCCCCACCCAGGCCCUCAACUUCGCCUUCAAAGACAAAUACAAGCAGAUCUUCUUGAGCGGAGUCGACAAAAAAACGCAAUUCUGGCGCUACUUCUUAGGAAACUUGGCCUCCGGAGGUGCCGCUGGUGCCACAUCUCUCUGCUUUGUAUACCCCCUUGACUUCGCCAGAACUAGGUUAGCCGCCGAUGUAGGAAAAGGAGCAGGAGAGCGUGAAUUCUCCGGGUUGGGUAACUGCCUUGUGAAAAUCUUCAAAUCUGAUGGUCUUGGUGGGUUGUACCGUGGUUUUGGUGUAUCUGUUCAAGGUAUCAUUAUUUACCGUGCCGCCUUCUUUGGUUUCUAUGAUACAGCUAAAGGAAUCCUUCCCGAUCCUAAGAAUACGCCAAUCAUCAUUUCCUGGGCUAUUGCACAGACUGUCACAACUGUUGCCGGUAUUAUUUCUUAUCCAUUCGAUACCGUGCGUAGGCGUAUGAUGAUGCAGUCAGGACGUAAGAAGGCCGAAGUUGUCUACAAAAGCACAGCUCAUUGCUGGGCGACCAUCGCUAAGACUGAGGGUGCCGGAGCCUUCUUCAAGGGAGCAUUCUCCAACAUUCUUCGUGGAACUGGUGGAGCUAUAGUACUAGUUAUGUACGACGAAAUAAAGAAAGUUAUCGUUUAAUUUUGUUCCAUCUCGCCACAAAAAUCGCUCAUAGAUCAUCAACACUUCAGUCGACCUUUCUAGAAAAAUUUUCCUGCAAAAUUCCUCUCUUCGAGUUGUGUGUCACCUGAACAUUCCGGGCGGAAAAACCACUCUAGCGACCCAUUAGCUCACUAUGUUGGUUUUGCUGUCUUUCCACCCGUUAUUUGUGGGCACAACUCUGGGGAGUUUUGUAAAUAGUUGUAUAUUUAUUUAUUUCAGUUGAUUGUUUGUAAGCGAAAUGACCCCUGGCCAGAAAAAGAUACCGUGUAUUACCAGUUUUUAUAUAAGCGAUAAUUUAGAUACUUUCAUCGUAUCGUCUUAGGUUGAAUCUGUUCUGUUGUUCAGAUCGCCUUAAGUCCUGUUGAAUUAAUUGACUGAAUUCAUUCGACGCAAAUGUUCUAUGUCAUCAAAUCACUGAUGGUUAAUAAAAAUAGAAAAACAUUA